UUGAAAGUCCAAACAAGAGAGAAACUUUUGACCUAAAACUAAAAUGGUAUUUAAAAUUUCCCCUGUUUUUAAUCCGUUGGAAAUGGGAGAGGGCGGGAGAUGAGAGAAAUGAAGAACAACCAAAAUGGGUGCAUUUCGAUUCUUCUUAAGUGAAAAACUCGACUUCUCUCAACUUCUAUAAUCUCCAGAAUGUUUCAAUUAAAUGCGAAAGAAUAGCUGCACCCUGCAGGGAUGUUCUCAUUUGUGACUACGAUCGCUCUUAAACAGUUAACAAGAAGCAUUGGCAACUUUGUAAGUCCUUCAAUCUCAAUGCCUCUUCAAUCACCAUCUCGUCCUUCUUUCAAGCAAACUCUGCUUAAUCGAAUAAAAAACUGUUCCAACAUAAACGAACUGCAUGUUGUAUAUGCUUCCAUGAUCAAAAGUAAUGCAAUCCAAGAUUGUUUUCUGGUGCAUCAGUUUAUUAGCGCGUCUUUUGCUUUUAACUCUGUACAUUACCCAGUUUUCGCCUUUACCCAGAUGGAAAACCCUAAUGCUUUUGUGUAUAAUGCGAUGAUUAAGGGAUUUGUAUACCGUGGGUACCCAUUUCGUGGUUUACAAUGUUAUGUACAUAUGUUGGAAGGAUCGAACGUUUUGCCAAAUAGUUAUACGUUUUCUUCGUUGGUUAAAGCUUGCACCUUUAUGUGUGCUGUUGAGUUGGGACAGAUGGUGCAUUGUCACAUUUGGAAGAAGGGGUUUGAAUCCCAUUUGUUUGUUCAAACUGCUUUGGUUGAUUUUUACUCGAAGUUGGAGAAACUUAGUGAGGCAAGAAAGGUGUUUGAUGAAAUGUGUGAAAGAGAUGCUUUUGCAUGGACUACUAUGGUUUCUGCUCUAGCUCGUGUUGGAGAUAUGGAUACGGCUAGGAAGUUGUUUGAGGAGAUGCCUGAAAGGAAUACUGCAACUUGGAAUACCAUGAUUGACGGCUAUGCAAGAUUGGGAAAUGUGGAGUCUGCAGAGCUUCUGUUCAAUCAGAUGCCAACUAAGGACAUAAUCUCCUGGACAACCAUGAUCACUUGUUAUUCACAGAACAAGCAAUAUCAAGAUGCGUUGGCAAUUUAUAGUGAGACGAGAUUGAAUGGGAUUAUUCCUGAUCAGGUAACAAUGUCAACUGUUGUUUCAGCUUGCGCCCACGUUGGAGCUCUUGAACUAGGAAAAGAGAUACAUCAAUAUGUAAUGUCUCAGGGGCUUAAUCAUGACGUCUAUAUUGGUUCUGCAUUAGUUGAUAUGUAUGCUAAGUGUGGGAGUUUAGAUUGGUCUCUUUUGAUUUUCUUCAAAUUGAAGGAUAAAAAUUUAUAUUGCUGGAAUGCAGUAAUUGAAGGGCUUGCAGUUCAUGGUUAUGCGGAGAAGGCUUUGAGGAUGUUCGCUAUCAUGGAGAGGGAGAAGAUCAUGCCCAAUGGUGUUACCUUUAUUAGUAUAUUAAGUGCUUGCACACAUGCUGGGUUAGUUGAAGAAGGCAGGAGUAGAUUUUUGAGCAUGACUCGUGAUUAUGGCAUUUCUCCUGAAAUCAGACACUACGGUUGCAUGGUUGAUAUGUUAAGUAAAGCAGGAUUGCUCAAAGAAGCAUUAGAAUUGAUUAAAAGUAUGGAAUUUGAACCAAACUCUAUUAUUUGGGGAGCCUUGUUGAAUGGGUGCAAACUUCACGGGAACUCUGUGAUUGCAAAAGAUGCUGUUGAACAGUUGAUGAUUUUGGAACCCAUGAAUAGUGGGCAUUACAAUCUUUUGGUUAGCAUGUGUGCUGAAGAGAAGGAUUGGAUGGAGGUUGCGCAUAUUCGAUUAAUGAUGAAAGAACAAGGAGUAGAAAAGAAAUAUCCUGGCUCAAGUUGGAUUGAAUUGGAAGGGACAAUUCAUCAGUUUUCAGCUUCAGCUGAUUCUCACCCUGAUUCUGACAAAAUAUACUUCGUACUGACAGAACUAGAUGGACAACUGAAGCUAGCUGGUUACAUACUUGAGCCUUCAGUAUGCAGUACUGCUUUGGUUUUUCCAGAGGAAAUUUGAUCAACAUUAAUUGAGGUCAUAGUGAGAUCGAAUAUUAUUUGCAUAUCAAUCAUUUCAGCUUCAUUGAAUAUGGUACAUUGAACUGAAGGGAAAAUUCUUGAGGUCAAGUGCUAAAUGACAAAGCAGGGCUACUAUAAGAGUUCAUAAUUAUUCAGAUCAAGGCUCAAGUUAGCCUCAUUAAGAGCCAUGCUAUCAAAAGAAGGGGCAGGGACUAAAUUUAUAACGAGAUAACGUACCACUAUUGUACAACCGAAGCUGACUUAGUGAAGUGAUUUGAUCGAAAAACCCAAGCUAACAGGAUAUCCUGUAACAGGUCGGUCCUUUUUCCUCCUUUGUACAGCACUUCCGUAUAUUUCAAAUACAUACAUGAUCAUAUUGUCUGCUUAUGCACUUCCUUAGAAACAAGCUAGGUUUUGAGGAAAAUUGAAACCAAAACUUAUCAGAAUCUUCACGUAUAAUUUCAUUCAUGACGAUAAAUUGCCAAUACCGUUUGAACCGUGUUAUAAUAUUUCUAAAACAUCCAACUUGUCCCACAGCUUUUUUUUGAACUAUGUUAUAAUAUUUCCAAAACAUCCAACUCGUCCGACAGAUUUUUUUUAGGUUGGAAUGGUGUGGAGAAAAUAAAACUCCUAGCUUGAUCUUAUAUUGUUUUAAUUUUAUUUUUCUAAACGAAGAACAUGCCAAAUCUUCUCUUUCCUACUUCAAUAGUGUUCUUAAUCCAUCAAUUUAGCAUUGGAGAAUGCUAAAACACUGGCUAAAAUUAAAUGGAAGUGCGACUCGCGUCUUCAAGCACCAGCCAUUUUUAUUAUUAUGGGAGUAGCUUGCUUUCUUCUGGCAAGAUACAUGGUUCAAGGGAUAGGGGAAAUUCUUCAAACCUUGUAGGCUAUGCAUCUGCUGUAAGAUGUGGUUCUUAGGGAACAUUAUACACGUUUCUAUCUUAGUCUCUUUUCAUUUUCUUAAUGAAAAGUUUCGUAUCAUUUCAAGGUUCAACGAUAGUGAUUGCUGUUAUUCCACUAGUUUGACUUUACCUUACCAAGUUGGUGGGGGAAAAUCCUGCCCAAGUAUCGCAUAGUCUUUCUCAUACUCUGCCAAAGUAGAAGUGUGUGCUUUCUGACCUUGCUAUAAGCUUACAUCCACAAAGAUCAUGAAAAUUUGUAAAAAGGAGGUGGAUUAUUAUUCAGGUUGAUUAUAGAGACAGAAGUGGCCUCUGUUUACUAACAAGUUAGUAUUGUAUUUUUUUUUUUUUUUUGAGCAUUUUAUCACAAUAAGAAAGGGAAAAAAAUUGUUUCACUAGACACUUAUCGGCUUUAGAGACGCCCAAAUUCAUAGUUUCUUCUAACAGGAUUUCGUGCACUUGGCAAUGGACCAGGAUUGGGUUAAUAUUUAAUCACAUGAUAUUUUUACGUUCCAAAUUUGUUUAAAAAAUGAUCUGAAGUACUUACUGCUUCCGGUUCAAUUCACUAGACCCUUUUAUAGUUCUCUCGUUUUUGAGAGUAACAAAAAAGUCUGUUGUUGUUCUUUAGUGGUGUAAACCUUUUCUCCUUCCAACAAUUAUAGUCUAAAUAGUCUUUUCCUUUUAGUUUAGAACUUGAGGCCCUCGAUUCUCAUAUCCCAUACCAUCUAUGAACUUGUUUUUUAUUUUAAAAGAAGGUCCGUGCUCGAGAUGAAAACUUCUUGAAAAAUUCAGAACAAAAGGCCAUGAUUUGGCUAAUAAUUUAACUGAGAUUAAAUAAAAGUACAGUAAGUCUAACUCAUCUAAGCAUAUAAUCGAUUUGGAUGAAACUAAUGUACGGAUAUAGAGCUACGAUCUAAACGUUGUUGCACAAACUAACAAUUAGAAGACGGUAUAAAGCUUGAGACUUAAGAUGAAAAGUAUACACCUCCCCUCCCCAAAGCUUAGAGAUAAAAAUUGAUCCCCACACCAAAAGCCCUCUCGUCCUUUGAAUUUACUUUUUAUUGACCAUCCGUUUAGGAAUCAUCUUCAAAACCUACUCUUGGCUUAUAUAGAAUGAGCGGAAUCAUCGUAUAUCUAAAGAUAAAGAAUCAGAUUUCACACAUUUUUUUAUCACUUUUGUAUACAUCUCUAUCAUGGUGUAAAUUUACUUCUAACUUUUGUGACUAUAAUCUCACAUCUCUUAAAUCUCAAUGGAAUAGCAUGAUGUAAUCUUUCUCGCCACUUGAUGCCCUUUUGUAAUUUCAUUUUAUCAAUGAAAUUUGAUUGACUAUUUCUAAAAUCCCCCACACCAAAAGAGGAAAAGCUAUUGCCAGUACAAGGGAAACAAAACAGAGGAAAAUGAACGAAGAGACUAGAAUUAUGGAAAGUGACAACUGACCGUGAUAGGAAAAAGAAGAAAGUUUCAUAAAACUCUUAAAUAAAUGAUGAUUAAAAAAUAGUCUACAACCAUUAGGGAGGGGCUUGACCGAUCAAAGCUCGAGUUCAACAUCAACUGUAUUCAUGAAAAAGUCCAAAAAAAAAAAAAAAAGAAAAGAAAAGAAAAAUCUACAAGCCGAAUAAGUUGAUAAGGAUGUCGCUAUGGCAACAAUAGGUUUACCGACAUAGAGGAGACAUUGCUCAAACUGGAAGCCAUUAUUACUUUUUCUUUAAAACAUUAAAAACCCCAUCAUCUGACCAAAAAUUUAGACUUAAAACAAACAAGACUGCAAAACCUGAAGCCAAACUCAGUUGAAAGAUGGAACUUUUUUUAAAAGGUUAAAUCUUCUCUCUGUGUCUUUUUAAAUGGGAUACAACCAACUUUUGAUGGCCUGCACUGUACAGACUUUCUCGGCCUCAUUCAUUAUGGAACAUCUAAUUAAUUUUCUAAGUUGAUUGGGAUGAGUAGUUUGUGUGGUUCAAAAGUAAAAGUACUGAUAAGAAAUUUAGAAUAAUGCUUCCAAUUGUGUCAGUUUUUGUGCUGAAGCCUGAUGAUAGAAAGAGUUUUUGUAGUGUUGUGGGUUUGUGGGGCUUUCUUGCAUCCUCGAAAACCUAGAAAGGAAUUCCAUCUUCUUAAAAUUAUAAAACAAUGGUUCAAUUAUAUAUUUAUUGAACAAAUACUUGUACUUUGCAAUAUUACCCUUUAGCUCUUCGUGAACAUUUCAAAACUAUUGGAAUAGAAAUACUUUAGAAUUUUAGAUGAAAGUUGAGACAUCAAAUUUUGUGGCGAUUCUAUUCUAACACCCUAGUUUCAGAGUCCAGACUAGGAUUCAAAAUCCGAACUUGGCACCUUAUAAUCUUACAUUACUCACAAAUCAAUAUGGAUCUUUUUAGCAUUGUUUGUUCUUACUCACACGAUUCAUAGAAAAUUUUUAAGAAGGCAGUCAACAUAGAAUUGCUUCAAAAGCUAAACACGUUUAAUUUUGGUAUUCCAAUGCUUGAGUCUUUCUCAACUGUAGGUAUAGGUUAGUAGCUUUCAAUUGUUUUAGAUCAUUCUUAACUAUACUUUUAUAGUUUCAAGAUCACUUGCAUUCAAAUGUGAUUUCCGUUCGUUCAUCAUGUAUUCCUUCUAAACUCAAAUACUAUAAUGAUAUUGCAACUUUUAAAAGAA